AGGAGUAGUCCGAAUCUUGAGGCACGGCGACUCGGUGUAGCCGGCAUCAUGACGGACGUGCAAAAGCACUCUGUGCAUACAAUGGUGUUUCGGUCAUUGAAACGUAGUCAUGACAUGUUUCUUUGCGACGAGGGGGCCCUACCGCCAAUCGAUGAGAAAGCGCACAAGCUCCGGAUGGACGUCAAAGCCCGAGACGAAUACGGACGGGUGAUGCAUCUCGUGAAUCAGAAUCAGCGCAGAGUGCCAGCUCCGAAAACUGACGCGUCAGGCAAGAACAAUAACUCCCAGGCGUUGGUGUUGGCUCCAAGCAACAACCAAGUCCAAGCUCGUGCUCCUCUGAAGAAACCGUCGCAACCUAAACCCCAAUGGCAUCCCCAAUGGAAACUCUGCCGGGUUAUUUCCGGUCACAAUGGUUGGGUCCGUUGCGUUGCGUUCGAUCCUAGCAACGAAUGGUUCUGCACCGGCUCAAACGACCGAAUAAUCAAAAUCUGGGACCUCGCGUCAGGAAAGCUGAAGCUGUCGCUCACGGGGCACAUCGCGGGAGUUCGUGGUCUCGCAGUCAGUCAACAUCAUCCAUACUUGUUCAGCUGUGGGGAAGAUAAACAGGUGAAAUGUUGGGAUCUCGAACAAAACAAAGUGAUCCGUCACUACCACGGUCAUCUCUCGGGGGUCUACACCAUCGGCUUGCAUCCUACAAUCGAUAACGUUAUCGUCACCGGCGGUCGGGACUCGACGGCGCGCGUGUGGGACAUGCGUUCGAAAUCCUGCAUCCACACGCUCACUGGCCACACGAACACCGUGGCCAGUGUUCUGGUUCAAGCGACCGAACCUCAAAUCAUAAGUGGGAGCCACGACUCUACGAUCCGACUCUGGGACAUAGUGGCGGGGAAAACUCGAGUGACGUUGACCUAUCACAAGAAAUCAGUGAGAGCUCUCGCCCUGCAUCCAAAACUGAACAUGUUCGCCUCGGGUGCUCCGGACAAUAUCAAGCAGUGGAUGUGCCCCGACGGCAAGUUCAUCCAGAACCUCACGGGACACAAUACGAUAGUGAACUGUCUCGCCGUGAACCACAGCAAUGUUUUGGUGUCCGGCGGUGAUAACGGCUCGAUGCAGUUUUGGGACUGGAAGUCAGGAUACAACUUCCAGAAACUGACGACACCCGUUCAGCCCGGCUCGAUCGACAGCGAAGCGGGAAUUUUCCAAAUGGCUUUCGAUGUCUCCGGCAGCAGAUUGGUAACAUGUGAAGCCGACAAGACGAUAAAAAUAUUCAAGGAGGACGAAACAGCCACGGAGGAAGGGCCGUGAACGGAGGACCCCCCGGAAAGAUUCAAUCCUCUGCAUUGUAAAUAACUCGCUAUCGCACUGGUCGUUGUAUAAAGUAUCAGAAAGUUCCGGAAGAUGAUCGACCUGUACAAUAGAUGAUCGAUAAUAAAAUGGAAAUAAAUGUGGAAUUAUUUGUGAAAA